ACAGCCACUAAUAGUAAUUCCAAGAACAACAAACGGGAAAGAGAAAUAAACAAUAAUAAAAGGUAUUGCUGACUGCUCUGAGAAAUGGAUAAAUUAACUACAAUAAGUGCUACGCUAUUCAUGGCUGCCGAUGUCUUUGCCAUUGUCAGUUUGGCCCUACCAGAUUGGAUAAUAACCGAAGAGGCUGGUGACAUACGUCUCGGUUUGAUGUGGACCUGCAUGACACUGUAUAAUCGUCCCCAGGUGUGCUAUACCCCAGACCUGCAACCUGAAUGGCUGAUUGCUUUAAUCUGCAUCUUCACCGGCUGCAUAUGCAUUACAACUACCGUUAUUUUGUUGGCCUCCUCAUCAUGCAACAGAAAUGUAAUACCCUACGCCCGCUGGGUGGGCUUCACCGCCAUGGUCCUAUUUUGCAUGGCCGCUGUUGUCUUUCCCCUGGGCUUCCACAUCGAGGAGAUUGGCGGUCAGGCUUACCAAUUGCCUAAUACCUUUAAGAUUGGCAUCUCCUACAUUAUGUUUGUUCUCGCCCUAUGGAUAACUGUUGUCUCGGAACUGUUUGCGGGGAAAGUUUGUCUGCCACACUUUUAAAUACUAUAAAUUUGUAGGAAUUUCAGGCUUUUCAGUUAUUUUUUGACUCUGUGAUUGUUUUUUUUUUUUAUUGUUUUUGAAUUUAGUAUUUCUCCCAUGACACUCUCCCGUCCUAUUAUAAGCCCAAUUCGAAUAUUCCUAGUUUUGUAAGGUUUUUUGUACAUUAAAUAUACAUAGUAAAAUAUAUAUAUUACAUUUACCAUUGUAUUUGUAUAAAUGUGGAAAUUAA